AUGCCAGCUGACGCCGCGCGGAACUAUAGCUCUCGCGCUGGGUCGACAAUCCUGGAUGCGAUAGGCCAAAUUGACUCGAACGGCAGGGGCUCCGAUGGCCUUGGUCGCAAUGGGAAAAGCCCUGCGAGCGCUUCCGCUCGCCUCAAGGACAUCGUCGACAGCUACCUACGCCAGCUGUACGGCGCAAACACAUCCACGCGCGUCUUAGCAGCUCAGGGGUUGGGUGCCUUGACGUCAUUCUUGCCGCCCGCCAAAGGCCCGGAGGCGCUUCGCCUAGCGACAGACCUCGGAGUGGUGGAGAGCCUCACCGAUGUCUUAGCGGUGGACGACGAGUUGCCCGUGCAGGAGGCUUGUCUUAUGGCGCUCGCUGCGCUGCUGCUGUCCACUGCGUCGUACGAGGAUCACGCAGCGCCGGUGCGGCCGCCGCACCUCAAGGUGGUGGGAGCAGCUCUGCUGCGGCCGCAAGUGGUAGACCAAAUCGGUUAUGUGCUCACCGCCACCACCAACAGUCGAGUGGUAUUGGCGGCAGCGCGCGUGGUGGCCAUCACUGCGCCGUACAUCACACAGGCCAACGACGUGUACAUUCUGGACAGCCGCAUCGUGCCGGCGCUGCUGGCGGCCGCCGCCGCCAGGCCAAAUCCCCACGGGCGCCGUACAGACGACGGCGACGGCGCCGCUGGCCCCACCCCUGCCGCCGUCGCCGUCCCGACGCCCCGGGAUUCGGCUGCGUGUGUUUUGGCGCUGAUGACGCUGGCGCAGAGCACGCCGGAUCUGUACGUCGAAAUAUGUACGGCAGAUUUCCUGCAGGCUGUUUCCGUACUGUACGAGCGCUGCAUUGACCCCGACCUGCCGUCGGACGUGAUGCUUCCCGCGGACGCUGCGGAGCUGUUGCUGCGGUGUGCCACGUUGGCGCCCAACCCCGGGUGGCCGGUGACGAGACUGGCCCCCGGGCUCACACGUUCCCUGGAGCGCAGCCUGGAGGAAACCGACGUGUUGGGUUGCCUGGUGAGCUAUGUGGCUGUGGAGUCUGGGAACUUGCGGCGGCUGGGGGAGGACCUGGCGGCGGCGGCGGCGAGCAAUGCGGAUGCGGUGGUGGAUAGGAACCGAUUGGAGCUGGAGCAGCUGCAGGCGGAUUUGCAGGAGCGACGGCAGCAGCUGGCGGAGGCGCGUGUCGCGGUGAAGACUGCUGUACGGAGGCUCGAGGUGGCGGAGGCGGCGGAAGCAAACGCGCACGACCAAGUGGCGGAGGCCGCAGCGGCGGCGGCGGCAGCUGAGCGCGGCGGCAGGGUUGGCGGCGGCGGCGCUGCUCUACGUCAGGCCCGGCGGGAGGCUGAGGUGGCGGCGGCCGCCGCCGUUGAGGAGGUGUCUGAGCAUCGAUAUGCUGUCGAGGCGGCGGAAGCAGCGGUUAAGGAGUUGCAGGAGUCUGUGGCGUCGUUACGGCGGGAGAUGGCGCCGCUGCGCUGGCAGAGCGACAGGAUGACAAGGUUGAAGUCCAGCCUGCAGGUCAAUGGGGGGAUGGAUCUGGCGCGACCAGUACGGGUUCAAGAAGCCCAGCAGAGUGAAGACAUCAAAACCCAACCUCCCCAUGCUAACAAAGGUAAAUGUGUUGCGGAGGCGUGGGGCGGAAUGGGGAUGUCAGAAGGGUUCAGCUCCCUUGGCAUCUCCCUGAGUACUCUUUGCCUGGUGUUACAUUGGGGAGGGGUGCUGGCAUUCCUAGCAGCAAAAGGAAACCCCCUUCGCAGCGGCAGCGACAGUAGCAGCAGCGGCGGUAGCAGCAGCCCGAAAACUGGCGCAUCCUCUCCACCCUCGCUUUCCCCCUCGGGCCCGCCUUCAUCAGCACACCCAACAUCACCCCCCCCUAGUAGGGAGCAUGUGGCGGUCGUACAGGCCAAAUUACUGGAGUCCGGACUGGUGCAGGCGGUGGUCCAGCUGUACACGGUAUUGGGCGGCGUUCAGUCGAUCUCGAAGGAGCUGGCCGCGCUGGCCGGGGACCUGGCUCUGCACCCCGAUCUGGCGGCUGCACUGGAGGGCGCCGCCACUCAGCUACGCCGGGAGGCGGAGGGACUGGGCUCCAUAAACCGCAGAGCGGAAUUCCGUCUCCGAAAGAUUUGCGCUGAGGCCGCCAAACUGCGUAAGGCCCUCCAACUCGAGCUGCCGCUGCCCGAGGGGAGCCCACGGGCCGCGGGCAUGGAGCUGGGCCCGGGUAAUGGCCUGUCACGGACCGUACGGCAGGAAGACGUAGAGCAACGGCUAGAGGCUCUGGACGAGGAGGCUGGUGACCUGGAGGCGGCUUUGGGGGACUCCGAGGCGCUUGUGGGGUUCUUACAGGACAAAAUUGAGAGUAUGAAUGCGGCUAUGUCGGCGCUUUCCGACAGCCACGCCGCCUUCCUCAAGGCCUUUCCCGCGCAGGCUGCGCCCGCCACACCCGCCAUCGCCCCCAACAGCAACAACCGCCGCAACGGCCACGAUGCCAACGGUCACCUGUCGCGUGCGCUGACGCCUGUGACCCGUGGGUCGGUCCUGAACCUUUCGGCGCUGGUACGGCAGCUCCUGGGUCGGCCGCGGGAUGGCGGUGGCGGCACCGCCGCUGACAUCUGGCCGCCAUCGCCAUCGCCCCCGACAAGCAUCAACCCCGCAAGCUCUGCAUACGCCGGCGGCGGCGGCGGCGCCGUCGCCGGAUUUAGAUCCAGAUCAGCUGGCAGCGCCAUGUUGGCGGCGAGCCGGCCCAGCUCUGCCGGAGCAUCCUCGGCUUCCUUUCCUCCCGAACUCCAAAGCCCGGACCGGUCCGCCUUUAGCCCAAAGGACAGCGACGGGAACGGGAUCGGUCUAGUGCGACUGCUCAGGGAAAAGAACAUGACGCGCAGUAGCGCUGGCGGCGCCGUCGGUAUCGCGCGCAACAGCCACGGCGGCGCUGGCCCCGUACACGCCUCCGUCGCAUUGACGUCCGAUGGUGGGUACUACUACACCACAGCCGCGGCGCCCGGGGACGUGACAGCACCCGUAUCGCUGCCGCUGGCGAACGAAUCUCGGCGUGUCGUACACCAGGUGGUGUCGUCGAUCUUGUUCGAUCCUGUUGACGCCGAUGUCUUGGGUCCUGGUGUCGUACGAAUGUCGGCGGCGGCGGCGUCGCUGACGCUGCCAGCGGGGCCGAACAGCCGGCCAGGCACAGCGUACGGCAGUAAGGCCCAAGCGGCGUCUAACCGCGGGUCGCCGGAGGCGACGGUGGCGGCGCCGCCGGAGGUGGCGCAGCCCGGCGAAGGCGACACGGUCAGCGUCUUGGACGCCUUGUUGCUACAAUCUGAGCUGCUUUGCGCGGUGAUGCAGUCCCUGGCGACCCUACAACAGUUUUCCAAGUCCACCAUCCGUACAUGUCAUCUGUCAACGACCGUGUCGUACGCCUCCCUUCAGCCAGGCAGCCUGGGGCCGUACAUGGCGCGUCUGCACGGCAUGUGGGCGGGGGCUAUUGCACGGCACCCGGAAAUGCGAGUGCGAGUUGCGGAGGCCGUGACUGAAAUCGCCCGGCUGGCGCUUGUCCCGUACUCGGAGUUCGAGUCUGUGUAUCGGGACACCGGUCUCGUGGAGGUGCUGGUGCAGAUGCUGGCCAGUGGACUGAGGCCUCCGAAGGCCGCCGCCGUCGCCGCCGCCGUCGGAGAAGCGAUUGUUGGCGGCCCCGUGGGGAUGGGUGCCGGCGGUGGUGCCGCUGGCGCUCCAGGCAGUGCCCUGCGGAAAUCCCGCCAUGUGGGGCGUCUUAGUGUUACCGCGCCGCCGACUUUGAGGAUGGGUCUCGUACAGCAAGCUGAGCAGGCGGCGGCGGGUACGGCACUUCGGGCCAUCAGCCAUGCACAAAGCGAGGUGCUGGGGGCGAUUGGACAGGACGCGCAGCUCCUGACCCGCCUAUCCACGGUCGUGUUGGAUCACUCCAUGAGCUGGCCAGCCCGACAGGCAGCCGCCGACCUGCUGUCGGACCUGGUGCUGGGGGGCGGUCCAGGGGCGGAGGCGGCGGUGGCAAGUGGGGCUUAUGCCGGCCUCAUGGAGAUGCUCAACCGGGACAUGUACCCCUUCCUGAAUCAGGACCCGCGCGGCAGCAAGGAGACGGUGGUUUCGGCGCUGGCCUGCUUGGUGGCUCAUCCGGAACUACUAGAGGGGGUGGUGGCGGCGGCGAGGGCUACACACGGGCCAUCUUCUGGGCUACCCCUGAGCAGCUCACAUCAGGUCAUGUCUGCCAUUCUGAGAACACUGUGGGGUGUUGUCUGGCAGGUUCACACCACCUACAUUUCCGAUCGAACAGGCCGCGGGCGGUAUGUGAACCCGGAGCUGGUUUCGGCGCUGACAUCAACAGCUGCGACCGCCGCGCGCGAGCUGGCGGUGCUGGCGGAUACCGUGGAUGAGGCGCGGCGCAUCAUGAUUAGUGAUUUGGGAUUGAAGAGCAAGAUCACCGGAACGUUCUUGCAGAUAAUUAAGGAUCCAACAUUGAAUGAGGCACUUAUGGAGCUGCGCAAAAAUCUCUCCUGA